UUGUUUUUAAUGUAACAAAACUUAAAAGUUGUAGUUUGCUUUUAUUUCUUUGUUAUUAAUAUUUAUUGUCAUGAUUAAUUAAUUAGGGAGUAGAUUAGCAUCUAGAGUAGAGAAAUUUAUCCCAAUUUGAUCAUGAACUGAAAUGGCUAUGAAUUUGUCAAUGAAAUGUAAAUUAAUAAUUCAAAUUGGGCGAAUAAACCCUAAAUUAAACUGACUUAAAUCUAUUCGAUAUAACAUUUGUUUGAGAUUGCAAUCAAAUAUUUCUUCUUAGUUCUUUCCAAAGUGGAGUGCUAUUAUUCAACAUUCAACAGCAAAUCUGCAAAUUUGCAGAGUGGACAGAAGAGCUAAGAGUGGAAUCAAACAGAGUAAAUUUAAUCGACUAAAAGGCAUAAAUCUGAGGUUUGCAGUAACCAAUCUAAUAAUACCAGUGGCGGGUUUUCCGUACAAGAUGCAUUUCACAUGCUUGAUGCUGACUUCUUUAGUAAGGAAAAGAUGGUGGAUAUUGUGAAAGAGGCUUUAGAGUUCAAUCUCCCGACUGUAAAAGCCGAUCGCCAAUUAGUCGCUACUUCUAAUGGGGGACUGAAAUAUCCAUCAGUUUUAGUUUUUGAUUCUGAUUGGGAUUCUAAGAAGGUAGAAUCUAGGAAGAAAACUUUCACCUUCCCUUCAGUCCGUGACGUUCAAAGGCCUGCCAAUGAAGAGGAUAUUGCCUUUAUGAGUCUUCUUGAACUGGGGCAUCUCAUUAAGGCGAAAAAGAUUUCAUCUGUUGAGCUUGCUGAAAUUUUUCUCAAGAGACUAAAAAGGUAUAAUCCUGUUCUCCAAGCCGUGGUGACGGUCACAGAAGAACUAGCAUACCAACAGGCAAAAGAGGCAGAUCACCUUCUUUCUAACGGUGUUUAUUUAGGUCCUCUGCACGGAAUUCCUUAUGGAUUGAAAGAUAUAAUUGCGGUACCUCAAUAUAAGACAACUUGGGGUUCCCAAAGCUUCAAAGAUCAAGUACUUGAUGUUGAAGCGUGGGUCUAUAAAAGGUUGAAAUCUGCAGGGGCAGUUCUUGUUGGAAAGCUUGUAAGUGGAUCGCUAGCUUAUGAUGACAUAUGGUUUGGCGGCAGGACAAGGAACCCUUGGAACAUAGAGGAGUUUUCAACUGGUUCAUCUGCUGGGCCUGCUGCUUGCACGUCUGCAGGCAUGGUACCGUUUGCUAUCGGAUCAGAAACUGCUGGCUCGAUGACCUACCCUGCUGCUCGUUGUGGUGUUUCAGCCUUACGCCCAACUUUUGGUAUGGUCGGUCGAACUGGUGUGAUGAGUAUUUCAGAAAGUUUGGAUAAGCUUGGCCCGUUUUGCAGAAGUGCAGAAGAUUGUGCCAUCAUUCUGGAUAAUAUUCGAGGCAAGGAUCCGGAUGACCUAUCUUCAAGGGAUAUGCCCUUUAGUGAUGCUUUUGCUGUCGAUCUCACAAAACUCACUGUUGGGUAUCUUGAUGAUUCCGAAAAGGAGGUCGUGAAUGUACUGGCGUCUAAGGGUGUUAAAAUGAUCCCGUUCCAACUUAAUUACACGGUCGACUCCGUUCAAGGUAUCUUAAAUAUCACGAUGGAUGUCGAUAUGUUGGCGCAUUUUGAUGAGUGGCAACGCUCUGGACUGGAUGGUGCAUAUGAAGCACAAGAUCAAUGGCCAUUUGAGCUGCGCCGUGCACGAGUCAUUACAGCAGUAGAUUAUUUACAGGCACAGAGAGCAAGAGGACGAUUAAUUCAAGAAGUGCGAGAAAGUUUUACGGUAGAUGCAUUUAUUGGCAACGCAAUGGACUGGGAGAAAGUUUGCAUGGGAAACCUUGUUGGCAUGCCUGUUAUGGUUAUACCUGUUGGAUUUGCUCCAAUAGAUAACCCAUCUUCUAGUGACAUUCGUCGGAAAAGAACAAUUACGACCGGAAUCUAUGCCCCUCCUCAGAAUGACCACAUCGCUCUAGCGCUUGCUAUGGCUUUUCAGUCGGUUACUAAUCAUCACAAGCAGCGUCCACCAAUUGAUGAUCUCGGUCCUAAUGAUUCAAUUUCAAAUACCCCGGACAAUACUUAUCCUCCUAGACAGUUGCGAGGUUAAACUUCCAAUUGAUGAUUCGGUUACCAAUUAUCACAAGUCACAACUCACAAGCAGCCUAUUGAGCAAGAGGCCCCGGUGUCAAUUUGUUAGCCAAGAAUGUAGUUUUUAUGAUCUUGAUUAUGUGGCUAGUAUCUUGAUAUGAAUUGAUUGAUGUAUAAAUGUAAGUCGCCUAAAAAAUAACUUUUGUUAUUAGUUAUUGCGGUUUUUGCAAAUUGAACAGCUUC